AUGGCUUAUCUAAUGCCGCUUGCUCUCCUGACAAGUUUGUUAACCAUUUAACCUCUCUACCUCCCCCUCCAUCUUUUCUAUCUCACUUCGUCGCCGCCUAAAAAUGUUACCGCCAAAAUCAGACCUUCGAGCCAGCUCGAUGCCGCACAUGCUUGCGCCGUCGGAGAGAGUGAUCGUCGCCGUCAAGGCGGAGAAGGUGAUCGCCAAGGCCGCGCUGGCUUGGGCUCUGUCUCACGUCGCGCGUCCCGGAGAUUGCAUUACGCUUCUCGCGGUUGUUCCACAGCAAAAAACAGAGAGGAAAUGGUUUUGGGGGUUUCCAAAGCUGAAUGGAGACCGCCGCCGCGACCUGGUGAACUCGGCGGAUCGAAUAUGUCAAAUCACCGACUCGUGUUCUCAGAUGGUUCUUCAAUUCAACGACCAGAUUGAUGUCAGAGUACGGAUUAAGGUUGUGUCAGCCACUUUUGCCGGUGCAGUGGCUGCUGAAGCAAAGAGCAUCGGAGCCAGCUGGGUUAUACUGGACAAAAAACUGAAACAUGAGCUAAAGGUAUGCGUGGAAGGACUACGAUGCAAUGUUGUAGUCAUCAAGGCAGGUUCGCAUCCAAAGGUCCUUAGGCUCAACUUAGGGUGCGCAGACGAAUGGCCGCCACAAACCCCUUUCUUCUCUGCUCACUCUUCACCCCUUUUGGACCAUCUAAAUGCACAUGGCUAUAGCCAGAGAAUGAAACAUUCAACUCCUGUUAGCAGUCCAGAGGAUCCAACAAGUCCUUUAUACAACAUGAGAACAGCUCCACCACAAAAUCUAUCUGUUCUUCUUUGCCAGCACAAUCCACUAUAUGAAGGUCCUAAUAAUAACAAAAAUACAGGAAGGUUUUACAAAGAAAGUGACUUUGAGCGUGGCCGGGGAACCAAAGCAAUGGACUCAGUUGGGGAAAAAGUUGUUACUCUCUCAUCACGUAGUGGGAUAAGGGAGGCAGUAUCUUUAGGUAGUAAGGUCUCUUCAAAACCACCCCCGCUAUGUUCAAUAUGUCAACUGAACGCUCCAUCAUUUGGGAAGCCACCCAGGGAGUUUCCGUAUGAAGAGCUAGAGGAAGCCACAGAUGGGUUCUCCAGCAAAACUUUUCUUGCAGAAGGAAGGGUUGGUUUGGUUCACAAAGGGAUUCUAAAGGAUGGAGUGGUGGUUGCUGUGAAACAGCUCAAGUUUCUUGGUUCUCAAGCUGAUGCUGAUUUCUCUAGGGAAGUGCGAGUCUUGAGCUGUGCACAGCAUAGAAAUGUUGUGCUUCUCAUCGGUUUCUGCAUCCAACGAAGCAGGAUGCUAUUAGUUUAUGAAUAUAUUUGCCAUAAGUCCCUGGAUUUUCAUUUACAUGGAAACAGUGGUAAAGCUCCUGAUUGGCCAUCAAGACUGAAGAUAGCUACAGGGACAGCCAGAGGGUUACGCUACCUUCACGAGGACUGUAGGGUUGGAUGUAUAGUUCACAGGGAUUUGCGGCCGAAGAACAUUCUCCUAACUCAUGAUUUUGAACCUUUGGUUACAGAUUUCGGGCUAGCAAGGUUUCACAGUGAAUGGGACUUCUCAGAUGACAAACACCAUCCAGGAACUUCAGGGUAUUUAGCACCAGAAUUCUUCACUCAUGGAAAGGUUACUGAGAAAGUUGACAUAUACGCUUUUGGCCUUGUAUUGUUAGAAUUGAUUACUGGUAAAAGAACAAGUGACUUCCUCCUAUAUCACAAAUGGAAGAACAUUUUACUGGGGAAUCAUUACUACCCUUCAGCUAAGGUGGAUCCGAUUCAUAUUUUGGCAUAUAAGCAUCAGUUGUUGGACUCCAAUUUGGCAUCAACACAACUUCAAAACUUACCCCGUGAAGUACACGCAAUGGGCUUUGCCGCUUCAUUGUGUUUGCAACGAGAACCUCACAUGCGUCCUCCCAUGUCAAAGGUCAUCAGGGUAUUAGAGGGAGGAGCUGCAAUACUGCCGCCAGAUUUAGACUCAAAUCUAGACAGCGACAGAAGCCGUGUUCCGGAAUCAAGGAGGCAUUGUCGAAGACUUUCUUACUGAAGUGAAAAUACACUUUCAAUACAUGAAUUGGUGGUUCUUUGAUAGAUAAAUUAGGUUUCACUCCAUAUGCAAUACACAUGAGAGUUGAGAAGAGGUAAAAGUAAAUUACUGACGUAUCCUUUGUGAGAGAAGAAUAUACUCAAAUUAGAUUCAAAAACACAUAACACUGCAAUACGUACACUUUUGUGUAUACUUGUUACUUUCUUUAUGAGAAAAGGGUCAAAAUAAAGUUUUCUACUAUUAUGAAAUAGUCACAUAAUGUCAUGUACUCAAUAAAGUCUUCUACUAUUAUGAAAUAGUCAUAUAAAUACAUCUACUUGUAAAAAGCAAUCAAAUGAGUCCUAAUGGCUAAUGACCUAUUUAACACCUUUUAAUCCCGGUUUCAACGUACUUCUGAUCAUCUUUUUAGAAUACAUUAUACGACAUAUGUUAAAUAUUUAACUAAAAUUGGUUGAAAUACAAGUCAAAAAAAUCGGCAUGUAAGCUAAAGUCGGGAUUAUGAGGUGUUAAAUAAGCCGUUAGGACUCAUUUGAUUGCUUUAUACAAGUAGAGGUACUUAUAUGACACUUUAUUAAGUAUAUGGCCUCAUGUGACUAUUUCAUAACAAUAGAAGACCUUAUUUGACCCUCUUCUCUUCUUUAAUUUUACCCAAUUGAGUUAGUUUGGUAAAAAUGUUUGCUAAUAGAUGUGUAUUAGGGUCAAAAGUUUAAAACUCAUCUCAGUUUAAAACUCUUCUUUUUGAUGAUAUUCCUCUCAACCUUAGCCAAAUUACCAUAAGGGAGGCUAUGCCCGACAACAACCGUAUCCCUCCUUUAUACAAUACCUUGGCAAGAUACCUCAGGGACCAAAUCACUACUACCAAAAUAUACUACACUGAUAGGGAGGAUGGCUACCUAUGGAAACCUAACCCAAAUGGCAAUUUAAGCUUUUAUAGUGCCUAUGAUGUGAUUAGGCCUAGAAUGACGAUUACAUCUUCUUCCAAAUUUGUGUGGAACAGCAGCACUCUAAAAAAAAUUCCUUUUUGAUAUGGAAGCUGAAAAACUGUUUAUUACCCUUUGAAAAUCAAUUAAACCAUUUUGGGAUUUCUGACCCCUUUAAAUGCCCUAGUGUUGUACCAAUGAUACCAUUGAUCAUUUUUUCCUGGUUUGUAAAUUCACAAAGCUGUAUGGAAGCACUUUGAAACCAUUUUUAACUUUACUCCGAGACACACUAAUGUUAUCCAUAAUUACAUUUUGGGGUGGUAUGAGGACUUCAAGGGUAAUGUUGAGGACCUUAACCAUGUUAUUCCAAACACUGUCAUCUGUAAUCUCUAGAAGAUUCGUAAUAGGCUCAUCUAUGAUAAUAAAAAGGCCCACCUUCCUGAGGCAAUCCGUUCUAUAAAGGUUGAUAUCUUUGCCAGUUCAAAUGCAAAACCUUUCCAUACCAACAACUCCCAGACUCCCUUUACCAUCAUCAUUACCUUGUCUAAGAACAUUAUUCCCAACCUUUUGCCCGCUUUUUGGAGAAAGCCGCCCACCAAUCGUCACAAAAUCUACAUAGCCACUAGGCAUUUGACCCAUACUACUCUUAGAACAUAUGUGCUUAUUCGCGAUGACCAGGGGACCUACGCAGGCCAUAUGAUUUACAAUGCCAAUCACCAUGACCUUAACGCAGCUUCAUAUGAUGCUAUCAUUGAAGCUAUUCUAAAUAUAAAGAAUUAUAAUUUGACUAAUUUUAUUUUUGAAGUUGAUAAUAGGGACAUCUAUGAUGGUAUCACGGGGAUGGCAAGUCAACACUGGAAAUACUGGCCAAGGAUUAAUAAAAUAAAGAGAAGACUCGGGAGCUACAACUACACAAUCAUGCACAUUCACCCUAGGAUCAAUCGGGCAACAGAAUACUUAGCACUUAAAAAUAUUUCCAUUAGAAUAAAGUUGCAGCACUAUAACUAGCUCAUUGGUAUCCUUAAAUUUGAUGUUAUUAGUUACCCAUAUGUAAUUGUUCCCGAGUAGGCUUUGGUUCGAUCCUCCUACCCAUUGUACUUUCCUUUUCUCAAAUAAACAGGUAGGGUGUUCCCCGACCCCUACCCCAAAUGCC